AUGCGAAAAUUUGAUUCAAAUAUACGCGCAAAACCGGUCCGGAAAAAUUCCAAAGAAGAAAAAUCGUCAGAAGUCUACUCCGCGAUUAGAGAAAGUGAGCGAGAUCCAAUUGGGUGCCUUAAGAUUAAAACUCUCGCUGGAGCUCAAUGGAACGAAAUGAAAAAGGUUAAAGACGAGCUGAAAGCAAUGCUACCGAUAUUAAAACCUUCAGAAGUAAAAAGAUUUUAUUUGCCAUUUCACGAAGUUAUUAUUGAUGAGCUCGAGGAAAAUGGUUAUAGAGAAUCGGUCGACUAUUUGCAAAAAUUAACUGAAUUUGAUGAAGAAAUUCGGAAAGAAGCUGGACCGGGUACAUUAAUAUGGGAGAAACCUUGUUUAAAAGAUAAUAAAAAAGCAAUGAUGCGUCUCAAAGAAGGCUUGAUGGCCUAUGAAGAAAGAGAUAUAACUUCUGCAACCAUGGAAUUCCUGAAAAUGGCACAAUUCUUUCAAGCAAUGACACGGGAAUGGUGGUGGGUGGCGGAACGGCUUUACCACAGUGCUCUGGUGAACGCGGAAUUGAUCAAGAAUGACGAACAACUAAUGAUCACUUUAACACGCUAUCUAUACGGCCGAUUUCUGUUCGAACAAAAUUACAAUGAUAUUAGUUAUCUAUUUAAUUAUAAAUUAACAUUUAAUUAUGCAUUAACAGUACAAAACGCAGCAGAAUCGUUGAAUUACUUAAAUACUGCACGCGAAGCAUCACAAGCAAAACCGUGGACUGCAUCGAAGAUCACUGGUCGAAAAGAAGAAAACAUCUUUUAUAAAUGCAACGUGCUUCUGUGUAGAGCAUUGUUGAUAUACGCGCAACAAAUCGAGUCUGAGAGUCCGGAUAUCGCCGUUGGAGCGUGUAUCGAAGCUCUUGAACGAGCAAAAGAUAGUAAAAAAAAUAGUUUUCCUUUAAAAAAUUAUAGCAAACAAUAUUAUAAAUCAUUACGAUCAUUUCUGUCAAUUCAUUCUAGAACUUCUCAUCAAUCAUUCUUAAUAUCCAUAGCUGGGCACAACAAAUAUAUUGCGAACGCUCUAUAUAAGCUGGGUGAGAGCCAACUACGCUCGGGCAAAGUGCUGCUAGCCUUGCAAAACUUUUCCAAAUUUUUAGCAAUAGCUAAGAGAAUCCCGGAUCAGGAAGAAGUCUGCAAUGCACAUAUGGCGCUGGCAUUUACGUAUAAGUUAUGCUUAAUUAAACGGCAAGACCAACAAAUGACAAAUUGCAAAUUUUCGUCGACGUAUUUUAUAUAUUUUAACCUCGUUUUUAUAAGUAUAUAUAGAUAUAUAUUAUACAACUUUGAUUCUCCUCAUGAACGUAUGUUAAUAUUGGACAGUUCUUUUAGAUUGUUAACGUUUUUACAGAAAUUGGACGACGAUGUGAACGCAGAAAAACAUUUUUACUUGUUCAAAGAAAAUGCAACCAUAUUCGGAUUCACGACAAAACUCGCCCAGGCACAUUAUCAUAUUGGUGAAUACUUUUUGAGCAAGGUGCGAUUACAUAUCGCGACUGCUCAGUUAGAAAAAUCUUUUGCUUUAUACAACAAACUCGAUUUGCACAAUGACGCUAAUAAAGCGCGAAUUUUCGGAGGAGUUUCCAAGGGACAAGAAAUUAUCGAUCAAUAUAUCGAUCUUAUACUUCAAUGCGGAGAGGACGACUUGAAAGCGACAUCGACGCUUUGUCAAUGGAAAGAUCGUAGAAGUGCUUUUUGGACUAAAAAGAAGCUAUAUGCUGGUAAGAGAUAAUAUCUAGAAAACAAUAAUCUUUUUUUAAUCUUUCAUACUAGCUUUAACUAACGUAUUUUGACCACUGUAUCUGAUUUCUAUAACACACGUAAGAAAUGUGACAUUACUAUUGCAGAAGAAUCGAAAAAAAUUGAUUUCGAAAAGUUUGAUGAAAUGUCUUCGUCUCUAUCGACUCUUACUGAUUCCAGAAGUGUCGCGAAAAUCUUAUCCAAAAAUUCGAUAUGAUAUAUAGCUAAUGAAAUUCUAUACUUAUAUAUUUAUACAACAAUUAUAUCUUUAUUUUGUACAUUUUCGUAGUAAACAAUACCAAUCAUAUCCACUUAUGCAAAUCAAACGUUUUCCAAAUAUGAUAUAUUUGUGACUUUUUCUUAUUAUACUAAAAUUGGAAUUCAAUAAUUAUAAAUUUAAUUUUAAUAAUUAAACAAUGUUAAAUAAAAGAAGUAUCAAGAAAUAUCUAGCGGCAAAUUAAAAAGUACUUUACUUCGCACAUACACACACAUAUUUCGAGGUACCAAUUACACUGUAAUUUAAUGAAAAUAAAUGUAUCAUUUGCGUAUAGAUAAACAUAAAAGCGUAAAAUUAUAUCUUUCCAAGACAAUUUUGUAAUAUAUGUUAUAUAUGUUAUAUGCAGAGUGAUCCACGCAACUGGGCCAGGUUCUAGCAUUUGUUCCAUUGAAGAUAGAAAAAGUGAUACAGAUGAAAGGCAUAACAAAACGUAUUUUUCUAUCGACUCAUUUUCCUUGCAACUACAAUGAUGUAUCAAACAAGCACAAUUACACUUUUGUUUUAAUGGAAUUGUAUAUAUUUUUUUGCAUUCAUUUUUCUGAAUAUUUUAUGUACAAAAGUAUUAGAGUAAGGUAUCUCUACCUUUUUUUUCUAUCUUCAACAGAACAAGUGCCAAAACCCAGCCCAGUUGCGUCGACCAUCUAUAUUUUAUAAUAUAUAAUAUGUACUAUAUAUGACUUAUAUAUAGUAGUACAUUUACCAUAUUGUUGGAUAAUUUUUAAAAUUUUUACUGGAAAUAGAAUAGUAAUAUAAAAAAGCAAUGAAGAUUUUAUAUUACAAGCAUUG